GUUUAAAUUCAAUAGCAUGUUGAUAUUAUUUUUCAGUAUUAAUCCAACCUUACUAAGGAACUCAAAGCAAAAUGCUCAAUCUGAAAUACUUUGUAGCACUUGCAAUAAUUACAAUUGUAAGUUGUGAUGUUGAAAUACCCGAAAAAUAUAGGAACGCAAAACCUUUGAGUGAACAUCCAAAAUAUAAAGAACUAUGGCAAAGAUUAUAUCCAAAUAUUUUAGAAACUGAAAAAGAUCCAUUCAUCAUUGGUGGAACACCUGCAGCACCAGGAGAUAUCCCUCAUUUUGCGCUAAUGUUUAUUAUCUUUCCACAAGAUAUAGUUUAUAUUUGUGGGGGAUCAAUAAUUAAUCCAAAAUGGGUUCUGACAGCAGCUUUUUGUAUAGAUAGAGAUGCCAAUAACUUUAAUAUUUAUACAGGAAUUGUAAAUAUCUCAGGACCAGCUACAUGGGGCACAGCAGCCUCACAUUCAGAUAUGCAUGUUCAUCCACAAUAUAAUGCAAGUGCACUGAGAAAUGAUAUUGCUUUGGUAAAUCUUGUAAAUGCUCCAAACGAUUUAUUAAGCAAACCUUAUGUUGGGAUGAUUCAACUUCCAACUCAACCCGUUAAUCUAGUUGACUUUUUAGGUUCUAUUAGUGGAUUUGGUCAAACUUCUGACAACUCAUCUUAUGCAUCUAACGUUCUGAAACAAAAUUCUUUGAGAGUAAUCACUAAUGUACGAUGUUCUGCGUAUUAUGUGGUUGGUGCUAUAGAUGAUACACAUAUUUGUGCAGAAGCAAAUGCAACAGCUAGUGCAUGUGGCGGUGAUAAUGGUGGUCCAUUCUCCAUCGUUACAAACGGCGUCAACAGGCUUGAAGGAAUUAUAUCAUUUUUUGCACAAUCUGGAUGUACACGUGGAUAUCCUGUAGGUUUCACUAGAGUUUCAUCUUAUUUGAGGUGGAUUAAUGAUACAAUUAAUGGAAGGAAUCCGAACGAUGAGUUAUGGGACAAUUUGAGAGACCUUCAAGAACAAUACUUGAAUACUUUGCAGAUCAUCAUUGAAGGUGCAAGUGCCAGGAAAAAAGAAAAACUUUUGAAAGCAUUAAAACUCAAAGUUUUACUAUAAAUUCAAUAAAAAAUUCACAAUUCACGACUUACAUGUCCUCAUGCAUUUAAUAAUGACAUGAGGCUGCUGCUCUAUAUAUUUUAUUUAUGUUGCGUAUUAUAUUAAAUUUUUCCGGAAGGGAUAUUACAUCAUCAUUGUGACGACAAAACUGCUCAAAGGCUGGUCAUUGAAAUUUUUCUCAUAUAUUUAUAUGAUUUUUCCUUUUCAAUCAUUCAACAAACGAUUGGGACACAAAUAUUCAGAACACAUAAUUUUUUUCCCAUAUCCAUUGCUCAAACAAUAAAAAAGAAGGACAUACACAGAUGGAACAGAAAAAAAAUGAAAAGAGAAUUUUUUUUCAUAUGUGCAUGGCUUCAUGAGCAUCUAUUAAAUUGAUUCACAAUGAGCUUUAAGUUCUGUAGCACACACAUG